AUGACCUACAGUGAACACAGCAUCUGUCUGUAUGAAGUUGCUGACUCGCUGCAGCCCAUUGCUUGGCAUCUACAGCAACAUGGUUGGGGUGCAUGUGGCAGAGGCUCUGUGCCUUCAUCGCACCAUGGGCAAAAUGUUGUCAGUUCUCCUAUCAGUCUUCACAGAACUGUCAGAAAAGGGUUUCUGCCUUCCUGCGAGUACAGCGAUGAGAUCGGACAAGAAGGAGCCACUGAGUUUGUUGAUAUUGAAGGCGGAGGUUUGGGGGAAGGCGAGGGAGCAAAAGAUGUCAGCGAUCAGAUUGAAUCAGAAGAUCAGCUUGAUGAGGCUCGAAGGCCUGAUGAGGAAAAAAGUGACCAGCCAGAACACCAACCAGAUAUUGCUCCAGAGGACAAUGCCAUUGAAAUGUCAGAGGAUUUUGAUGGCAAACCUCAAGACCUUGAGCCAGUGGAGGGAAAUGACGUUGCCUCUGACAAUGAGGAGGAAAUGGAGAAGCAGAUGGGUGAUGUCGAUGGACCUGAUGACAACAGACUUGACGAGCAGAUGUGGGCCAGUGAUGAGGAAGAGGAUGACAGUGGAAAGGAACAGUUGAGUGGGAAUGAGGGAGGAGGAGAAAGGAUGGACGAAGAGAAAAAUCAAGAAAAGAGCAAGGAGCGCAAGCCACAUGAGCUGGACCAGAUCGACGAGCCUGAGUAUGAUGAGGACAGAGUUGAUCCUAACCAUGGAGACCAAAACCAACAACAGGAGCCAGAACAAUUGGACUUGCCCGAUGAUCUGAACCUCGAUCAGGAUGAAGAGGAUGAAGGUGCUGGUGAUGAAGGUGAAGGAUUGCCUAAUCAGCCAGAAGAUGUAUGUCCAAUUGAAGACAUGGAAGAAAAGGUGCCAGAGGAGGGCAAAGACAAUGGCGAUGAUAAGGAAGAGAAACAAGGGGAAGAAAAGGACAAGGAUGGAGAAGAUAACACAGAGGAGAGAAAAGAGGACAGCGAAGAGCUUGCUGCCAAUGAGGAGCCACAAGAGCAGAAUACUGUGGAUGACCAGGACGAGGGUCAGCAGACAAGUGAAGAAAAGGAUGACAUCAAUGUUGAUGAAUGUGCAGUUGAUGAGUCCCAGAAACAACAAGAAGAAGAUGAAAAUAAGAAGGGAGAAAAUGGCUUUGCCCCACAGGAACAAGAUAAAGAUCUCACAGGCCCUGAGAACCCUGAUGUCCAACAAGAUGAGCAAGAGAUACCAGAGAGAGCUGAGGAGCAUGGGUGGACUAGCCACGACACGGCCUGUGCUAUGCAAAGCGAAGCAGCUGAGGAUCAGAUAGCUGGACAGGAGGAGACACAAGAGAAACAAGGGGUGGGAACAGCAAACCCAAACCAGCAGGAGGGACACCAGGGCUCAGUGUCUGCCACUGCUACUGAAAGUAGAGCAUCACAAGAAAAUAGACAGGUACAGAGAAAGCCUGGGCAGUCCAAGUCUGACCGUUCACUUGGAAAUGCAGAUGAACAGUUUCGACGCUUGAAAACAACAGACAAGACCCUUCAGCAGCCUGUGGAUGAAAAGGAUGAAAAAGUAAAUCAAGCAGAUGUAUAUGAACACAUCACAGAGGAUGUUGUCCAUGCAGAUGCACAGACCAUUGAUGCAGCAACAGCACAGCAGCAGAAUCAACAGAAAAUAAACAACAAACUUGAGGACGAGGAUGAAAGCAAUGCCAGUGACACUGACAUGCAGGUGGAAGAAAAGGAAGAAGACAAUUCAGAAGUUCAAGACAAGAUUGCAAAGAAUCCCAGCAAAAAGCAGCCAAGGGAGGCAAACCAACCAGGCAAAGAAGAGAGCAUGGAGGUUGGAAAGAUUGAAGUUGCGGGGUCAAAGGUCUUGACACUCGGAGCCGAGCGACCACCAGAAUCAACUAUCCACACACAACUGGAGCAUCUCUCACUUGAUAUAGGAGGCCAAGGGGUGGAUAUUGAAAAACUCAGAAACCAGUUGGAAGACAGCAUGAGCUUUGUGGCUACAUCCAGAUGUAUCUGAUCACCAGAUGGUUGCUGCAGCAGCAGAGGCCUGGCAAAAAUAUGAGAUGCUGACAGCAAGCUUGUCACAAGACCUGUGUGAACAGCUUAGGCUGGUGCUGGAACCAUCACAGGCCACAAAAUUGAGGGGAGACUACAGAACUGGCAAACGACUGAACAUGCGCAAGGUUAUCCCUUACAUUGCCUCCCAGUUCCGCAAAGAUAAAAUCUGGCUGCGUCGCACAAAGCCCAGCAAGCGGCAAUACCAGAUCAUGCUGGCCAUUGAUGAUUCAUCAAGCAUGGGUUUCAACCAUUCCAAGCAGUUGGCAUUUGAAUCCCUUGUACUAACAGCCAAUGCACUGACACUGCUAGAAACAGGAGAGCUGUGGUGCAGGUAAGCAUUUGAUUUUGUCUUCAAGUCACAAAAAAG